GCCCUUUUUUUCAUCUAAAAAAUUCGUUAAUGUGUGUACAUUAUUUUUUGUAUGUACAUGUUUUGUCUAGUACUUGAAGAGGCGCAGAUGAAUAUCCCUAGUGAUUAUCCGUAUAUAUACUUACCUUGUAUAUUAUUUUAUUGUAUUUAUCAUUUCCUAAUUAUUAGCCUUCCUUAGCUGGUAGCUGGACUAUUGUAACUUGUAUAUAAGGCAGUUUGCCUCUUGAGAAUAAACCACAUGAUUUACGAUCCAUUCACUCUGUUCCUUCUAAUUUUAUAUGGUAUUAGAGCAGGAGAAUAAUCUCUGAAUUCUGCACGCAGAACCAUGACGAACGAUGGAGCAAAUUCCUCGCAUGGCGAACAACGAACUCACGGUGAUCCAAUUCGAUGGAAAAUAAAUGACCCCGAAUCACCUUACUUUCUGUCAAAAUCAGAUUACCCAGACAUGAACAUUUGCGGGUUAACCCUUAAAGGAGAAGGGAAAUAUCGCGAAUGGUCAGUAGCAAUGAAAAACGCGUUGCGUGCGAAAUGGAAAACUGUUUUUAUUGACGGCACCAUCAAACGACCCACGACGAACAAAGACGAUCUUGAAGACUGGCUGCAGGUUAACUCCAUGAUGGUGGGUUGGAUCAUGACAGCCGCAGAUCCUUCCCUACGCUCAAAUCUCACGUACAUGGAGAGUGCCUAUGAUCUCUGGACUGACCUGGCAGAGCGUUUUGCAGUCGGUGAUUCCAUGAGAAUAUAUGAACUCAAGGACGCCAUACGAGGAUGCAAGCAAAACAGGGAAUCUGUCACCAGCUAUUUUGGACGUUUGAAGACCUUAUGGGAUGACUACGAAGGCUAUCGUAACAUCCCUAAGUGCACUUGUGGCGGAUGUACGUGCGGGCUGAACAAGGCAUAUCAAAAGCAGUUGGAAAGCGAGAAAACCCAGAAGUUUUUGCUUUGAUAAUGAAAAUUUUGGUAUGUUACCUUCCAACAUUUUGAGUUCGGAUGAACUGCCAGCAUUCACGAGAAUCUAUCAGAUGGUCACUCAGGAGGAAAGGCAUAUGAACAUCAUGCGGGGUCGUGAGGAACGACCCGAGGUUGUGGCUUUUGCUGCCCGACAAGGAAGCUACACAGAUAGUCGAGAGGAGAAACCCAAAUGCUCAUUCUGCCAUAAAGGGGGACAUGAUCUUGAAAACUGCUUCAAGAGAAGUGGAAAAUAUCCUAAAUGGUGGUUUGACAAUCCGGGCAGGGGGCGCGGAGCCAAAGGAAGAGGAACUGGACGAGGUCGAGGGAGAGCAGUUGCACAUGCGAUGCACUCUGAAGCUAUAGGUGGAGGGAGUACGGCUACUGGGAACUCAACGGCAGAACUGCCUCGGGUGCUAGGGUUCACCAGUGAACAGUGACAGAGCUUCCUCAAGAUGGUUAUAAACUGUAAGGCGUCAACAUCUGAUGAAAAAAUUUCAGGUAAGGGCAUGACCAUUGAAUGGCUCUUAGACUCGGGAGCUUUAUAUCACAUGACAGGAAACCGAGAACUUAUAAAGAAUGCUGAAAAGUUAGAUCAUGUACCAGUGACAUUGCCCGAUGGUGCGGUAACACAGGCAACACAUAUGGGUGGCGUGUCCUUGAGCCCCUCGAUGGCGAUUAAAAUUGUUUUAUUUGUCCCUAGAUUAAAGUGUAACAUGUUAUAAAUAGCCCGUUUGAUAGAUGAUAUGAAUAGUUAGUGGUCCGAUUGGAUGUGUAUUAAAGGAAACGU